CCCGGUGAUAAAAUGGCGUGGCUGUUUCACUGGCAGAGCAUACACUGGCGAGGAACGAGCGUACGCGAGUCGCAUGCACGUUUCGCUUGACAUGUAAAUAAAAAAACCGAGGGGACGAGUGCUUCGAGUGACGCGAGCUUGUUAGCCGCCGCCGCAGCGACGUUUCGUCGAGCGUUCGAUGAGAAUUCGGUGAUACGUUUCUACCCGCAUGUCCGCAAUGGCCGAUGAGUCCGCUCCGCUGCCGAAGAGGCGCCAAUUGCGCGAGAGAACCAGGAAGCUGUACACGGACGACUGGACGAUAGGAGACGAGGAGAUCGAGGGCCGCAGGAGCUUCCAGCUCGAUGAGAAAAUUGAGUGCGAGAGAUACGAUUUGAGCAAUUUCAACGGCCUCUUCCGCGAGAUGACAGGUUCGGAGCUGAACUUGAUGUUUCUGCAGAAGCAUGGCCUGCAGAUACCAUUGUUGUUUAAGGAGAAGUCCGGACUAGGAUUGCGAGUGCCUAGCUCCAAUUUCUCCAUCAACGAUGUUCGUACUUGCGUCGGUUCGAAAAGAGUGCUGGAUGUUAUGGACGUUAAUACUCAGAAGAAUGAAGACAUGACGAUGAAGGAGUGGCAGAAGUACUACGAGGAUCCCAACAAGGAGCGUUUACUGAACGUGAUUUCCCUGGAGUUCAGUCACACAAAGCUGGAGAACUAUGUACAAUCGCCGGCGUUGGUACGGCAGGUCGACUGGGUGGACGUGGUGUGGCCGAGGCACCUGAAAGAGGCCCAAGUAGAAUCGACGAACCUCCUGGAGGAUAUGAUGUACCCAAAAGUGCAGAAGUAUUGUUUGAUGUCGGUAAAGGGCUGUUACACAGACUUUCACGUCGACUUUGGCGGUACUAGUGUGUGGUAUCACAUUCUACGCGGCGGCAAGAUCUUCUGGCUGAUUCCGCCCACCGAAAAGAACCUGACGCUUUAUCAGGAGUGGGUGUUGAGUGGCAAGCAGUCAGAUGUUUUUUUUGGUGAUAUGGUGGACAGAUGUGGCAGGAUAAGUUUGACCGCCGGUAUGACGCUGUUCAUUCCAACCGGUUGGAUACACGCGGUCUACACGCCUCAGGACUCUUUAGUUUUCGGCGGUAAUUUUCUUCAUAGCUUUGGCAUCGAGAAACAGUUGAAAGUGGCGCAGGUGGAGGAGCACACGAAGGUGCCGCAGAAGUUUCGAUACCCAUUCUUCACGGAGAUGUUGUGGUACGUCCUUGAGAGGUACGUGCACGUGCUCUUGGGUAGGAGCCACUUGGAGAUCUCCGAGUCGCAGCGGCAGCACCUGGUGCCGCAGCAGCAUCAGCACGUACAUAUCACACCGUACGAAUUACAUGGGUUGAAAGCAAUAGUCAUGUACCUCCACUCGCUACCCUCGACUAAAAAGAACGUACCGGAAUUGAUACGCGAUCCGGUCGCUCUCAUUCAUGACGUCCGCUGCCUAGUCGAGCAGCACAGGCACGAUAAUCCGGAGGCAGCGGUCACGGGAAAUCCCGUCUUACCACCGCCGCCUCCCUUGACUAUAGUCGACAGAGAGCGCAUGAGGGUGACCAGGAAAGGUUACGUGAAACCUUUCACGCACAAAGAGAAGUCCGAAAGAGCCUUCCCACGAAGAAGGCGUACCAGGUGCAAAAAGUGCGAGGCUUGCACGAGGCAGGAUUGUCGCGAGUGCGUGUACUGUCAGGAUAUGGUGAAAUUCGGCGGCAGUGGUCGUGCAAAACAAACGUGUCUGAUGCGCCAGUGCCUGAGGCCUAUGCUGCCUGUUACGUCCUCUUGUAAGGUGUGUCAGUUGGAUGGUUGGGGUCAACCACCGGGACCGUUGAUGGGUAAACCAGUUCCUGUUGCACCGUCUAAUCUAAUGGAAUGUGCGGUAUGCUUCGAUAUUGUGCAUCCAGAGUGCAUAGGAUUGGACUCUGAUGAGGUAACGGUGAACGACGACUUGCCGAACAGUUGGGAAUGCCCGGAGUGUUGCGAGCGGGGUAGGAACUUGGAUCACCGGCCGCGGCAGCCUAAAGCGCGCUCACGGAAGUUAUCGGCGUCCAGCGCGGCUUCCUCAGCGGUCACCACGGAUUCCGAACGCGCGAUGACCCCAAGUAAACGCGCCAGGCCAGACCCCAACGAGGCGUGGAACGAUUCGCCCGGGGAGCCAGCCGAAGGUGAGCAGAGAAUGACGCAACAGCGCACCCAGCUGGCUAUGCAACUGAUCGCCUCGAGCAGUAGGUCCCUGGUAAGGCCGCAUGUGGUGGUCAGGCCCGCGCCGCCGCCGCCGCCCAUUCAGGACACCGAAGGUGACGGCAGUGAGCAGAAUGCGGUACACAACAAGAUUGCGGUACUCGCAGUGUUCCGAUACCUCGGCAUGAAGGAUCUGAUUAAUUGCACCUUGGUCUGCCGCACCUGGGCGAGAUACAGCAUAGACCCCAGUCUCUGGAAGAAGAUCGACCUAUCGCACUUCAAUAUCAAGUCGGUGCACCUGACCGCAAUUGUACGACGACAACCCGAGAAACUCGUGCUGGACUGGAGCGACAUCAAUAAGAUGCAAUUAGCCUGGCUGUUGAGCAGACUGCCGCAGUUACGAAGCUUGUCUCUCGAGGGCUGCUCGUGGGCCGGCAUCCGUGCUCUGAGAAGCUGCAGCUGCCCGCCGCUGCUGACGUUGAACCUCAGCUACGUCAUCUCGCUGAACGACAAUUCCCUGCAGGAGAUCCUGGAGUCGCCGACCGAUUCGAGGCCCGGCCUGAUCGAUAAGACGUCACGACUCAAGCACCUGAAGAAUCUGUCUGUUGCCGGGUGCGACAUCUCGGACGGCGGAGUGAAGUACAUAGUUCAGUAUCUGCCGGACCUCGAGACCCUGGAUAUCUCUUCGCACGGCCGACUCACGGACGCCGGCAUCGCGCACCUGGCAUCCCUCGCGAAUCUGACGUCGCUGAAUCUGUCCAAUUGCAAGCUGCUCACCGAGACCACCCUCGACCACCUGACCAAGUGUAAGACGCUGAAAUGCCUGGAUCUACGACACACGACUCAGGUGUCGACUCAGGCCAUCAUCAAGUUCGCCGCCAAGAGCGAGCACAACCUGCACGUGAAGGACGUUAAGCUGGUGGAGGAGAAGAAGGUGAAAACCGAGUUCAUCGACACGUGAGGUAGCGCGACUUUAUUGUUCAGUGCAAUCCGGUUAUCGUCGCGUACACUGCAAAUCUAAAGUGUGUUAUUUUUACUACACUCGCGUGUGUAAAGUCGCGUGGCUCCUUUUGCGCGGUAACAUGUGUGUGUUACUCUACCGCACGUUUUACCUCUUAUCGUGUACAGCUAAGUGUGCUUCUUAGACACGCUUACGUAGCAAAUUACACACAUUUAAGAAUUACUCCUCCUUCCUUCAUUUUUUACACACUUUGUACUAUGUACCGUAUUGUAUAGCGAAACGUGUUAAAUUAAACAUUUGAAUUUGUAAAUUUACUUUUUAUGCGACGAAAUGUGUAAUUUUUAUAUACAGAAAGUCAAAUUACACAUAUUAUAUGUAGCUUUGCACAUAGAAGCGUGCGUGAUUAUUACACACUUGGGGGGGGGGGGGUAGAUUUGCAGUGUAGAAACCGUUUGGAAACAGUUGGACACAUGAUUGCAAACGUCAUAUUGCGCGGUCUUAGGAUUAUUUAUUUUCCACGAGAGAGUCUAUAAGCAUCGUCGCAAUGUGCGUCGAUCACGAUGCAACCGGAAGGACCUGAUUAGCAUAGAAUUUCUAUUCGGAUCACUUACUUUUGUAGAGACGAGGCCAAUUGCGGUCUUGGCGAGAACGGUUCCUUCGUAAUUUCUAUAAUUCUCUUUACUUCUGUUUAUCCAUUGUGAACAAUUGUAUGUAUUUAUAAAUUAAAAUGUAUCACUGUUGAUUCUCAGCAACGUAUCAAGCUGAAUAUUAAUAAUUUAUUUUUGUCGAUCGUUUCGUGUUCAAUUUUCAGUUCAAUCUUUCAUUAACGAAUCAAUGAUUAGCUUUGCAAGGAAGUAAAGAGAAACUUGAUCAUUAUCUUUUUCAUAAUUGGACACGCACACGCAUACACACGCGUGCACAUACCUCACGAAAAGAAAUCAAUGUCUUAUAUUUCCUUUCUUAAUCGUCUUGGAAUUAGAUUGCAAAGACAAGUCAUAUUCAUCAUUCAAGAGCAGGGAGGAAGCGGUAAGUGUACAAAAGAUAGUGACAUGUAGGAACUCUGUCGGAUCAGUUUUCCGGGAAACAGUAUUUUUCGUAUGGGUUGUGAAAGCCGGUAUUAGAGGACACCUGGAAAUAUGUGUUUAUUUCACGGGGAAAAGAUUCGAGGAUGUAUCUCAGCCGAGACAUUCGCCGAGGAAACGAUAACUUGAAGAGCGAGGAAGCCGUCUAAAUAUAUAUAUGUUUACCGAUAGAUGCGCGCGCGUCAAGUAAUACACACAAUUAAUCAAUUCGUAACGUAACAAUGGGAAGAAAGCGGCUAGAUUGACAACUCUUGUUUAAAACAUCGUUAUAUGCAUUGAACUAGUUUCAAACGUUCAAUCGAGCCAAACUUUGUUGGUCCCAAUGACGUCAACGUAGUCAAGUUCGGCGUUCUUUACACGAGGAGAGCACGUGUUCGUUUCGAAUUUUGUCAUAUUAUUUCGAUCCGAGCUGCAUCUGUAGGACGACGUUUCGUGUACAUAUUUGCUUUUUAAAUGUAAAUGCAGAAUUCGCAAUCAUCUGUUCUCCUUCCCGCCUAUCUUUUCCUCCGUUUCAAGUGUCUCGCGCGCGAUUUUAUGAGAAGACGCUAAAGUGAUAAGAACAAUUUAAAUGAUAUCGACUCACACAAGUGCCAUUGUGCAUCUUGUGACAUUGUUCAUUCUGCUCAUGUUCUAAUUUGUUGAAUAAAACGACUUGAUUGCGAUUAUACGUAUCGUAUUUGUAUUAUUGUAUUAGAUGUUACGAUAACUAUAUGAGCGCUAUGUUUUCGCUUCCGUUCAGUAUCGACGAAGUGAUCACUAUAUGAAUGAAAGAUGCGAUUUCCUUUUUUUACAUAAUUCGAACUUCUUUCAGCGGAAUUUAGGAUAAGUAUGAAAUUGCCACGCUGUAAUACAUUGUACAAUACAUAUAACCACGAAGAACAAUAGUGUGAUCUCUAAUUCUCAAAUAUAAUUUUGAUUUUUAAAA